AUGGCUUCAGAGGAAACAGGAAAAGAACAAAUAUAUGACAUAGAUUUUUCAGGAAAAAUAUCACACAAAAGCAGUUUUCUCAACUUUUUCAACUGCUUCAACAGUUCCUGGAUCUUGGAUUCAAGAGCUAGAGAACACAUGACAUACGGAAAUUCUGUUGUCUCUGAUCUUAGACCUUUACUUAAACUUGUCUUUGUUAAUUUGUCAAAUUCUCAAAAGGCCCCUUCAAUGAAGAGGCUCAUGGUACUUGGUAGAGUGCAAGAUGGUUUAUAUUUGCUCAAGUCAUUCUCAAUCAAGCAACGUUCAGUUUUUAAGCCAAUUAUUCAACAAGUUUCUCAAUUUUCUUCUAGUUACAUUAGUCAAAGUGAUACUCAAGCUUUUCAUUCAGUUUCUAAGUUAAGUUCAGAUAUCAGUUUGUUUUCCACUCUAAUUUUCCCUAACUACUCUACCUCUCCAUUCAUCGAACCUCCUAUUGAUUUUUUCUUGCCUAAGCACAUUGUCCAAUCUACUCAUAUCAGGGAACAAUCUUCUGUUUUAUCUCCUGUUCCUGUUAAUCCAGUUAUUCAUGUUCCUGUCAAUCCAAUUGAACAAGAAGUAAUGGCUAAAGUAUUUCAGGCUUUGGAAUCUAAUAGAACAUGGGAUGUUGUUGAAUUACCCAAAGGGCACAAAGCAUUACCUUGUAAGUGGGUUUAUAAGGUUAAAUAUCGCUCUAAUGGGAAUGUUGAAAGAUAUAAAGCAGGACUGGGAUGGAAUUUGAAUCAAUUAGACGUGAACAAUGCAUUUCUUCAUGGAGACCUACAAGAAGAGGUCUAUAUGAAGUUUCCUCCAGGAUUAUGUGCUCCUAGUCCUAAUCAUGUGUACAGGUUGCGUAAAUCUUUAUGUGGGCUGAAGCGCUUCUCGGCAAUGAAAUCUGACUUUGGGAUCACUAUAUUAGCUGUUUAUGUCGACGAUAUUUUGGUCACUGGCAACGACCCGGCUGAAAUUCAAAGUUUGAAAGCAUUUCUUGAUUCAGAAUUUCAAAUCAAAGAUCUUAGCUGGGCAAGUUAUUUUCUUGGCAUGGAAAUCAUUCGGGAACAACAUGGUUUGAUUCUGAGUCAACAAAAAUUCACAUUAGAAUUGAUUUCUGAGUUUGGUUGUGUUGAUCUCCAACCUGUUAACUCUCCACUAGAUCCCAAUUGCAAGCUUUGUGCAGAUUUAGGUGAUCUUCUUUGA